AUGGCUCUUCCAGUUCUCCAGCACCGGGUCAUCAUCCCCGAACGCCCACCCUUAAUGCUCGCAGAGUACGCCAGAGCUAUGAACACUUUCGACACCCUAAUCACCCAAUUUCAAGACCGGGACCAUAUAAAUAAUACUGGUCUCAAACCCAUUCUUCUGACACGCCUUGUUCGAGAUCAGGUGAUUGACAAAGAUACAUUCCUACGUUUUUGUUUCUACUUCAUUGGCGAGGAACUCGGCGGAGCCUCGAAUAAUAACUAUAACCUCACCGAACUCUCUGCGUGUCUUUCUUAUCUGAAUAGUCGUUCUACCUGGGCCGCCGAAAUCAUCGAAGCCCUCUAUAAUGGUUUAGUAAAUUUCACUAACUUUAUUAUUGAUAACCUCUUCAUGCCGUUGAAAGCUCUAUCUACAAAGACACCUAAUAGCACCCCCGGGAGUGCGUGUCAUCUCUUGCCCCAAGAGGCUGGCAUCGGUACACCCCAACGUAUCGAAGAAUUAAGAGACAACUGUCUCAAACGAGACCGACAUCGAUGUGUUGUCACAAGAUACUUCUGUCGAGUGGAAGCACGAGCUAGAUCCAAGGUGGAUGGUGAGAGGCUCGUAGAUGAUGACGGGGCGGGUCUUUACGCUGAAAGAAGCACAAUGGAAGACUUAGAAGUGGCACAUAUUUUCCCUCAUUCUUUGAUGGCGCUCAACAAGGGUGAACAAACGCUGUCCGAGAGUAAACAGUUGGCACAUAAGCUCCUAAAUAUGUUUGAUCCAUCGGUUGUUCCCCGCAUUAGCGGAUGUGAUAUUGACAAACCAAGCAACGCUAUCACACUGAUCGAGAGGGCCCAUACAAUGUUUGGUAAUUUUGAAAUCGCUUUCGAGCAUUUAGGGGGACACACUUACAAGAUCGACUAUGUCGAUCCUGAAGAAAUCUUUACCAAUCUUGACCUUCCUGUUACGCGUACACUUUUGCUUACUCCAGAUCGAAGUAUAGACCCCCCUGCUGUGGAUUUGUUGAAGUUGCAUUAUGCCAUAGCAAAAGUUUUACACAUGAGCGCCGCGGGGGAAUAUAUUGACAAUGUUCUCCGAAAAAUGGAUGAAACAUAUGGACGGCAACUCAACGCCAACGGAUCCACCCCCAUCGACCACUAUAUACGGUUGAAGCUUGGUUUUGUGAUGAGCUGA